UUUGAAAAAGUGUCAGAGUGUUUGACCAGUGUGUGACGGGGGCUGCCGUGUACAGUAUGUGCACCACAUGGCCCCGCAUUUAAGUGUGUCUGGGUGCGUGUAGGAGCCAUGUGGCUGAAAAUACGUAGCUCACGCUGAAAGAAAAAGGCCACCUUAAACAAUCGAAUAAUCAAACAAAGCUUGGUUGAUGGGACGUGUAAGUUACGUCAAGAGUCAGUCCCAUGCUUUCCUGGUCACCUCUGUUUGCUGAGGAGUGGCCCAAAAAUGGAAUUUAAACAAAUGUGUUAACGUUUGUUUACUCAACAGACACAUCGUGAAACGUGUUGAUAGAGACGAUAAAUCCAUGUUUGCUGUUGGAAGAUUCCUGGGCAGGAUGUCGGUGAGGGGCUUGGACACCCCCUGCCCUUCCUCCAUAAAGCGGGAACCUUCCAGUCCCAGCCCUAGCUCGCAGGGUGACAGCCCAGCCCAACCCAGCCCUGAGGGCUCUUCCUCGGACACCAACUCCAGCUUUGGUCCCCUGGGAAAGAGCCACAACCGAAACAAUGGCCUGGACUCACCAGGACUCUAUACGCACACAGCAGAAGUAAUGGGGAACAGUGCCACAGCCAACAGGCGGUUCGGCAGUGAAGAUGGCCAGGUGAAGUGUGAAUUCAUGUUGGACUCGGUGGCCAAGAGGCUGUGUCUGGUGUGUGGAGACGUGGCGUCUGGGUACCACUAUGGCGUGGCCUCCUGUGAGGCCUGCAAGGCCUUCUUCAAGAGGACCAUCCAGGGGAACAUUGAGUACAGCUGCCCGGCCUCCAGUGAGUGUGAGAUCACCAAGCGGAGGAGGAAGUCCUGCCAAGCCUGUCGCUUCACAAAGUGUCUCAACGUGGGCAUGAUGAGAGAAGGUGUGCGUCUGGACCGGGUUCGUGGAGGGAGACAGAAGUACAAGCGAAGGAUAGACGCUGAGAACAGCUCCUACCUCAACCCUCAACACGGCCUGCCGCACAAGAGACCAUAUCCCCUGGGUGGUUUGGUGGAGAAUAAGGUGGUGUCUCUCCUGUUGGUGGCCGAACCGGAGAGUAUCUUUGCCAUGCCGGACCCCACGGUUCCUGACAGCGACAUCAAAGCCCUGACCACACUCUGUGACCUCGCCGACCGUGAGCUGGUGGUGAACAUUGGCUGGGCCAAACACAUCCCAGGUUUCCCCUCACUUUCACUGGCAGACCAGAUGAGUUUACUGCAAAGCGGAUGGAUGGAGAUUCUGAUCCUACGCGUUGUCUUUCGCUCGCUGGCGUUAGAGGACAGGCUGGUUUAUGCUGAGGACUAUGUCAUGGAUGAGGAGCAAUCCAAACUGGCAGGUGUUCUGGACCUGAACAAUGCCAUUAUGCAGCUGGUGAAGAAAUACAAAGCCAUGAGGAUGGAAAAGGAGGAGUUCGUUGUCCUUAAAGCCAUUGCGCUGGCAAACUCAGACUCAAUGCAGAUAGAGGACGUGGAGGCAGUCCAGAGGCUCCAGGACGUGCUCCACGGGGCCCUGCAGGACUACGAAAGUGCCCAGCACGCGGAGGACCCCCGGCGGACGGGCAAGCUCAUCAUGACCCUGCCCCUCCUCCGGCAGACGGCCGCCAGGGCCGUGCAGCACUUCUGCAGCAUCAAGCAGGACGGCCGUGUGCCCAUGCAUAAACUGUUCCUGGAACUGUUGGAGGCCAGGGCCUGACCGGCCUCGUGGGACUGGGAUCGUGUAGAGGAAGGAUCGGGUAGUGAUGUCAUCAAGGUCAGGAUUAAUGCAGGAAGUGACACCGGAAAGAACAGAAUGAACAGUUCUUGGACCUGAACCGAGCCAAGACGACUCUACCGCUAAGUUCCAGUAGCUCUUCUAUUAAGUAAUUGUUGUCCUUCUGUAUGUCAUUCUGGGGCGGCUGUGAGUUUGACGUGACGAUCACAGCCCUGCUUACUAUUAAUAACUCAGGAGGAUAGGAAGGAAGAGGAGGAGAGACAAGAAAGGACUGACAUCACAUUAGUGACAGGAGUAACUGCCUGAGGGAUUUGGAUUGCAGUCAUUGAUAUACACUUAAACAGUGCUAGCAGAAUGAAGACACCUAAAACUUGAAGAUCCUCUAGGAUGAUUGUGUGUGAAACCAGCUCUAAGCCUGUUCAUCUUGCAUUGUAGUGCUUUAAUAACUUUUCUUUUUUAUACUUAAAAAGAAAUGUGGACUGCGUCGACCUUGAAUGGUGGGACAUGCGCAGUCAAAGUAUGCAGCAAACGGUCGCAAAACUGCACAGUGCCCAGUAAAGGCCCUAACCUAGCAGGAGUUAGUGAGCUUGGUUUCAUUUAAAUGUUUUCAGGGAAAUACAUGAAGUAAAUUUAACUAGCGGAUUAUGAAGGUUUGGGGAGAAAUUGAUAAGAACAAUAUUUAUUUAUUGUUGGCUUGAUUGUUUUGUUAUUUUGUUUUUUAUUUACCAGUGUGGCAUUACAGAGAAUAAUAAAGGAUCAAAUAUAGACUGUUUUCUAAAGAUUUUUAAGUAAUUUUUGUUUUAACGAGUAAAUAAACCAUUUUGUACUUGCUUCAUUAGGUCACUCAUUGUACUGAUACCUGUACUACACUAUAGCAUCUGGGUAAAAUAAUAACUUCAUGUACAGUACGGGAAGACUUUGGGGAAAACUGCACUGAGUUGUAGAUUAUAAAUUGUGCAAAGCACUGCUUUUCAAUCCUAUUAUAAAAUCUGGUGGUGGUAUUUAAAAUGUCUGUGUGUUUCUGUCUCAGAAAGUAGAAAUGUCUGAAAAUCAUAAAUGUUAAAAUGAAGGGAAAACUUAACUAGGAAUGUGGAAAUAAAGCAUUGAACUUACUGUACAUUGCUGACAACUUUCAUGCAAUUAUCUCAGAAGUCCUUUAUUUGCUCUCUGUGCACUGUAUUGGAACAAUCUGUAUAUUUUUGUGACAAAGUAUAUCAUGAGGUGUGAUCCAGCAAUACUGUGUGGAGGGAGUGUAAAUGUAUGCAUUCUGAAUAAAGUCCCACAGAUAUGUAACCAGUUCAGAUGAGAUGUACACUAUUACCGUUCUCAGGAGGAUUCUAGGGCAAUAAAGAUGCUUCCAGUUUAAA